GCCUCCGAGCGGCGCUGGGCCAACAGCUGCGCUCCUCAGAGUGGCGGCUCCCAGCUGAGCCCGAGAAAGCUGGAAGCGGCCUCCGCGGAAUCCGAGCUGUCCGAGUGCUCUUAGGAGGAAGAUCCUUUUAUUGAUUUUGUACCAGACCAGACUGGACCUCACUUGUUAAAGGUGGCACCAGUCAGGUGUCAGACACAGGAGGAAAACUUCCUAGAGCAGAAUGAUGGUCGUAGAUCUGAAGGUGGUUGAGUAUUUGGACCCUCAGAUCAAGGCUCUAUGGGACACCAAGGGGCCUGUGAGAGAGAGCUCCAAUCAGAGUGAAAAAUCACAAAUGGACAGUCUCAGUCCCAAGAGCCCUCACUGGCACUUCAGGAACUUCCACUAUCGUGAAGUAGCUGGACCACGUGAGGCUGUCGGCCAGCUUCAGGAAUUAUGCCACCUGUGGCUGAGGCCAGAUAUCCACUCAAAAGAGCAGAUAUUGGAACUGCUGGUGCUAGAGCAAUUCCUGACCAUUAUGCCCAGGGAGACACAGACCCAGAUGCAGAAGCACCAACCACAGAGCAUUGAGGAGGCUGUGGCCCUGGCAGAACACUUGCAGAGGGAAUCUGGUCAAACGAGGAAUGGGGUUGCAAUCCAUGAGCUGGGAAAGGAAGCAGUGCUCUUGGGAGAAACAGCAGAAGCUCCAGGCUUCAAGGUGAAGCCAGCAGAGUCCCAGACAGUGGUCAUGUCCCUGGAUGAAGAAUUUUGGAAUACAUGCCAGGGUCUACAAAAACAGCUGAGCAGGAAUACUCAUAAAGAAACUGAGCCUGUAUAUGAGAGGGCUGUGCCUGCUCAACAGAUUCUAGCCUUUCCUGAGCAGACAAACACUAAAGACUGGACAGUGACCCCUGAGCUCGUCCUGCCUGAGUCCCAGAGCUUGUUGACAUUUGAAGAGGUGGCCAUGUAUUUUUCCCAGGAAGAAUGGGAGUUACUGGAUCCCACUCAGAAGGCCCUCUACAAUGAUGUAAUGCAGGAAAACUAUAAGACUGUCAUCUCUCUAGCAUUGUUUGUGCUCCCCAAACCUAAAGUGAUCUCCUGUCUAGAGCAAGGGGAAGAGCCAUGGGUUCAAGGAUCCCUGGAGUCCAAGGACAGUCCUGGAGAGUCUCCUACAGGGUUAACACUCAAAAAUGAUACAGAAAACCAUCAGCGUAUAACUCUUUCUGACUUAGAAAUACAAGCACCAGGAGACGUAGUAUCCAAAAAGGCCAAAGUGAAAGUCCCCCAGAAAACAACGGGCAAAGAAAAUCAUGGUGAUAUGCACAGAGUAGGAAAAUGGCGCCGAGAUUUCCCAGCAAAGAAAAGAAGGAAACUUUCAACCUGGAAACAAGAGCUGCUGAAACUUAUGGAUCUUCACAGGAAAGACCGUGCAGGAGAGAAGCCUUUUAAGUGUCAGGAAUGUGGGAAAAGCUUCAGAGUUAGCUCUGACCUUAUUAAGCACCAAAGAAUUCACACUGAAGAGAAACCCUAUAAAUGUCAACAGUGUGACAAGAGAUUUAGAUGGAGUUCAGAUCUUAAUAAGCACUUAACAACACACCAGGGAAUAAAACCAUAUAAAUGUUCAUGGUGUGGGAAAAGCUUCAGUCAAAAUACAAAUCUCCACACGCACCAAAGGACUCACACAGGAGAGAAGCCCUUUACGUGUCAUGAAUGUGGAAAAAAAUUUAGUCAGAACUCCCACCUUAUUAAACACCGGAGAACCCACACAGGUGAGCAGCCUUAUACCUGCAGUGUCUGCAGAAGAAACUUCAGCAGGCGGUCAAGUCUUCUUAGACACCAGAAACUCCACCAAUGAAGGGAAGCUUAUCCCAUCUCAUUCUGAAGAAAUUUACCGAAAGGAGCUUGACCCUAAAAUUAAUGAAAAAAUAUAAAGUCACAAAGUUUGAAGAACUUUUCAUAAUUGGAAAAUUUGGGGGUAUAAACAUGUUUCACAGGAAGAACUCAAGGCUGGCUCUGCAGAGGGUGUGUGAGUAGUUGUACUACUUACUCUUUUUACUUUUAACUGCCAGGGAAUCCCUUAGCUGGGGAGGUAUUCUAAGAGCAUGCUGAAUAGAGAAAAGGCUGUUUGGGAAUUGUACCUGGAAAAACAGUAAAUUCAGCUUCAAAUACCAGA